UUCAAAGCCAACCUCAGCUGGUCAUACUUAGGCAGCAACAAUUUUUUUGUUUCAUAUUUUGUUUGUGAAAAUUUAAAGCACAACGUCGACGUCAAGAGCUUGAUUUCCCCGCUGCUGACAAGAUCGACCCAGUCCUACCAUGUCGCAACAACGCUCCACGGAGCAGAACGCAGCCUGCAGCAACACCAGCGAUGUGAUUACGCUGGACGACGACGACGAGGACACGGAUGUGCAAUUCGUUGCAGUUCUGCGUCCCACCGCCCCUGUCAUCGAUCUUUGCCUGUCGCCCUCCACUUCCGCUGCUGCGGCGGCGGCAGCUGCGGCUGCAGCCCACUCCGGAAACGGAAGUGCCGAGGACGCGGCGGCUGGAUCUGCACCUGGACCUGAUGCUGCAGAUUCGGAUCUUGAUUCACCUGCUGCUACGCCCGAGGAAGCAGCGAAAGCCACCAACGGGGAUGCGGCGGCAGCAGUUUCUGGCGAAGAUUCCCCUUCUGCAGCGGCCGCUGCCUUGGAGUGUCCCAUCUGUCUGCAAACCUGCAUCCACCCAGCUCGUCUCCCCUGUGGCCACAUCUUCUGCUUCUUGUGCGUAAAGGGUGUUGCUUAUAAGAACCGCCGCUGUGCUAUGUGCCGCCGCGAGAUUCCCGCCGAGUUCCUGGAUCAUCCGCAGCUGGUGAAUGGCAUUGAGGACAUCUGCACCACUCGCGCGACUGAGGAUGGCUUCCAGUGGUACUACGAGGGAAGAAAUGGUUGGUGGCAGUACGAUGACCGCACUAGUCAGGACAUCGAAGAUGCCUUUAAGAAGGGCGACAAAUCCUGUACCAUUUUGGUGGCCGGCUACGUCUACAUUGUGGACUUGGAGCAGCUCGUCCAGCAGCGCCAGAAUGAACCCACUCGCUGCCGUAGGGUAAAGCGAGACCUAGCCACUAUACCAAAAAAAGGGGUUGCCGGUCUGCGAAUCGAGGGCAACCAGGUGACCAGCGACACCAUCUUCAGCAGACCAACCAACACAGCCAAUCCAACCACUGUGGCAGCAGCUGCCUCCAGUUUCAUAUCCACCAUAGCAGCCACUGAUGCGGCCAUAAGGAUUGCAAGCGACAUAAUUGGCUCCACGCUGGCUCAUGCGGAUGAACUAACUCGAGGACUGACAGCUAGCAAUCUCAACGACGAUCUCAGCAGCAGCGGUGAGCAAUCCAACUCCACAAAUUCAAACGAUGCAGGGCGCUCGCCUGCCUCCUCUCCUGCCUCGAGUUCCAUGCAGGAUCUGAUCACGCGUGACCUGAGGAACACCCAACAGGUGAUUGCCCACAACCAGCACACCAUCGAUCUCUUCGAGCAGGCCUUGAACGACUUCCAGGCGCUGGCCAUGCGCAACUAUGUUGACUCCAGCGAUGAGGAGGACAACGACCAGGAAGAGGAGCAAGAGAUGCGGGAACGGGAGCAGUUGGAGGCGGGCGAGCAGUCACAAUCCAGCGAUAAUCCGCAGAGGUUUUAGGAAUUACCUAUUUAGCAGAAAGCUUAUUUUGUUGCUCGCCUAACCCAUACAUUUAAAGAAAAGAUCAAUGUUCCUUUAAGCAGAUUUCAAUAUACGGAAAGGGGAAUGUUAACUAGAAAAAUGCAGCGCGUACCUGAGAAUAUAUCAACUAACAUUUAUAACCAUAUGCUCAGAGCGUUGGGCGUCAAACAGAAAAAGAAAAGAAUGUCUACAGGGUAAAGAAACAUAUUCCUUAAAACAUAAAAUCAAAUAUUGAAGCAUAGACGUUACAGCAGAAAUAUAAAUAAUCUAUUUAAUAUGAUACUCAACUUUCCUCAAAAAACUUAACCCAAUUAAAGCAUAAGAGAGGUAUUCUUAGUAUGAAAUGGGCAGGACAGUAGUAGCGUUAUUUGAAUACAUUUGUGUGGCCUGUAAUGCUCUAAAAAUCUCUUCAACACCUCCGAAUAGAAUUUUACAGAAUUCCACUGUACAUAUUGAUUACUUAAUCAAGAGUUCUACAAGAAUCCAGACCAAUUAUCCUCCCUAAGGUCUCAUUUGCAAGCUGGCAAAAGUAAAAGCAACCUCCACCAAGAAAGAGUAGUGUGAAAAGACAAUAUUGUGAAUUGGGAUUAACUUGACUUGAGUGGGAUUUCUGGGAGGUCAAUUAGGAGAAGAUUCCCACUUACAUAAUUGAUAUUCAGUGCGUUUCUUAAAUUGAAAUCGUUUAAAGCAUUUAAACUUGCUUCACACAGUAUCUAUGUUUUUACACACACAAGUUUUCAGAUUUAAAUCUAAUGAAAGUGUUUUAUUGAAGCGCACUGUGGUCAGGGGAAUCAGAACCAGUAUUAAAUAUUAAGUCGCCCUAAGUGCGUUAAACAAAAACAGUUCUGUGACAGUUGAAUAUAUUGAUAUUUUGUAUACUCUAAGUUGCUUUAAAUAAAGUAUUUAAAGAAAAAUUGUUAGUCAGUUUAGGACCUAAUGUAUACUAUGUACUACGAUGGAUAUACAACCGAUUUAAUAAUCUCAA